CUACGCUGUCAAAGCUUCUAUUGCUGCCGUGUGGCUGUAAGCGCACAAGUCACUUGCUCCAUUCGUAUUCAAGCGACACUUGUACUGUGUUGGUAUUCUUCAUCUCGUUCCAGCUCACACUAUACAAACAAUAUGUCUAUUAACUCUCCAACGUUUUCCGUGAAACUAAGAGAGAUAUCGCCCAUAGUCGAUGGAGCAGUCUGUGGUAUACUCUUGCUUGCUCUUCUUGCUCGUCACCGAUCAAAUGCUAGGUUGCACUAUUACCUCUUGGAACUGGCAGUCAUUUGUGGAAUAAUCUUUGAUGCCUUAGCCCUUCAUACCCAUGACGGUUUUCUUCUAUUUUCGGACCCAUCGUCAACAGCUAUGGCGGUCAUGAGUGCCCUCACUUUACUACUUACUCAACUCGCUGGCUUGUGGGCACUGCAUUGUUAUUCUGAAAUCUAUCUUGGGAGUCGCGACAUAUUAGCAAGCAUCCCUGCGAUCCUUGGAACCCUCUAGAUCAUCGUGGUCACAGUUCUUAUAAUUGUGGUUCGCGUGGUAGUUGGCAACAAUGCCACUUUCAAUGCUCUCACAAUAUAACAGAUUAUCUUUUGGGCUUCCCCUGCAUUAUCUAUAUGGUCUGUUCUAGG